GCUGGUGAGGGAAGCAAAGCAAAGCGCGACCUCCAACGUUACGCCGAAAAAAAUGUCUCCGAUCAAGGAUCUCAAUCUGGUUUAUGAAGCUCUCAACCAAGAGGACACUUUCUCUCAGGGAGACACGAUCGUAGGUACGGUCACCUUCACUUUGACAAAAGAAACCAAAGUGAAGGGGCUGGUCGUCAAAGCCAAAGGCGAAGCGCGCGUGCACUGGACGGAAGGCACCGGGGACCAGAGGAGUUCCCACAACGCGCACCGGAGAUACUUCAAACUCAAAGAGUGCUUAGUAGCAGAGAAUGAGAAAGGCACUGAACUUCGCCGAGGAGACCAUCAGUAUAAAUUCCGGUUUACAAUCCCACAGGGGGACAUGCCGUCGUCCUUCAAGGGCUUGCAUGGAAAGGUUGUCUACAACCUGGAAGCAAAGAUGUCCAGGAGCUGGCGGAUGCCUUCUGGGGUACAAAAAGAGCUCAACUUUGUUUCAAGGUCCGGUUUUCACCCUGGCCAAGUACUGGCACAGUCAGGUUCAGUGGAAAAAAAGAUGGGCUGUUUCUCUGACGGAGCGGUCCAAAUGUCUGCUACCAUUAACACAAACGUUUGCUCUCCAGGUGACACUGUGUCUGCUGUUGGCAAAAUCUGCAAUUCCUCUUCCAAACAAAUGAGGGCCAAAUUCAGUUUACAGCAGAGGACUGUGUACCGUGCCGGCUGCUCCACCAACUGCAGUAACCUCAGUCUGUGCAAAAUGGUGGGGGAGACCAUUGCACCCAAUUCAGAGGAAACUGUCUCCUGCCAGUUAAUGGUUCCUGCCGAUGUCAUCCCCAGCCUCCAUAAUUGUGAAAUCAUCUCAGUGGACCAUUACCUUAAGGUGUAUCUGGACAUCAGUUUUGCCAUUGACCCGAAGGUGGAGUUCCCCCUGGUCAUAGUGCCUACUGGUGCCGCUGCCCGUCAGCCCGGUGGGCCCAUGGGGCCUGUGGGGCCCAUGGGGCCCGUGGGGCCUUACCCAGCCGGGGAUUUUGGGGCCCCGAGUUACAGCGACUUCGCUCCCCCUGCCUUCCCUAUUGGACCGUAUCCUGUACCUGCAUGUCCAGGUGCUUAUGGGUACCCAGCACCAGUUCCCACUCAACCUUACAUACCAAGUGGAGAUAAUAAUCAGUGGCCACAACCGGCUCCUCCUUCCGGUUAUUCAGUGGCACCUUCAUUCCCAGUGCAGCACCCAAACCCGACUGCUCCACCUGUGUUUCAACAGGGACAAGAACCUCCAUCUUAUGUGUCCCUUUUCUCCCCUCCUCCUCUCAAUAAAAGCUGAGCUUCAAAAGGAACAACUAGUCUUGACUUAAACAACACUGACUGAUAUUGAAGGCAUUUGAACUAUUCAUAUUGAAAAGAACAAAUGUGAAAAUACUUUCUGUAUUUAUGCUACUGUUUAGCAUUUACUUUUGAGCUAAAUGUCUAAAAAAUAGUUAAUUUGUGUUUUAUCACAGCCUUUAAUUCAUUCGUGCCAUGUAUAGCCAGGGAUAUGGUUUUAAUGGAAAAUCACUGUUACAAUUGCAGGCAAAAAGGGAUAUUUGUUUCUUUGUUGUCUUUUUAAUGGCUUUGAAAUGUUUGCUUGAUGUUUGAUGUAAUUAUGGCUUAACUAUUAUCAGAAUACAAAUAUAUGUUGUUUGAGAUAAAGGGUGUAAUCAUU